CAAUAUUCAUGAGCUUUGGCCUUCGCCGUAGUAGUAUUCUGUGUCAGUGCGCAUGUCAGUGCAAAAGAUAAACGACGACUGCAUGACCACCGAAGCGCUCCCUUACAUUGAUUCGUUCAGGUGUAAAAAAUGGGGAAGACUCUUUCCCACCUGCCGAAGCACACCUGUCAUGAUGAGUGCAAGGACAGCCUGACCUCAUCGCCCAUGCAGACCGAUGACAGUAAGAACGGGGGAGAUGUGUCUCAGUUCCCAUACGUGGAGUUCACCGGCCGAGACAGCGUCACCUGCCCCACAUGCCAAGGCACUGGAAGGAUCCCGCGAGGCCAAGAAAAUCAGCUGGUGGCCCUGAUCCCAUACAGCGACCAGAGGCUGAGACCAAGGAGAACCAAGCUGUAUGUGACUGCUUCAGUCAUUGUGUGCCUGCUGCUCUCCAGCCUGGCUGUCUUCUUUCUUUUCCCACGUUCCAUUGAUGUCAACUAUGUGGGAGUGAAGUCUGUCUACGUGUCCUAUGACCAGAGCAAACGCAUUGUGUAUCUCAAUGUCACUAACUCCUUGAAUAUUACUAACAACAACUUUUACUCAGUGGACGUGGCCAACAUCACAGCCCAGGUGCAGUUUUCCAAGACCGUGAUUGGAAAAACCCGCAUUAGCAACAUAACCACUAUUGGCCCUCUGGAUAUGAAGCAGAUUGACUACAUGGUGCCCACCACUCUUGCAGAUGAAAUGAGCUAUAUGUAUGACUACUGUACCCUGCAGAGCAUCAAGGUGCACAACAUUGUGGUUAUGAUGCAGAUAACCGUCACUACUGUGUACUUCGGCCACGCUGAGCAGGUGUCUCAGGAGAUGUACCAGUAUGUGGAUUGUGGAGAAAACACUACUGCGCUGCAUGAGUACAGUCUGAAUACUCCUCUGGCAGGCUAGAGCUGAGCCGGUCCCCCUGUCCCUCACUGCUCCACUCCAUGUGUCAUUGUUUCUGGUUGAGUGUUUACUGCACUUCUGCCAGUUACCCACUAGAUGUCAGGCAAUUCACGAAUGAUGCACUUUAUUGUCCAUGUUCUCCAAGCAAUAUGAACAUUGCUAGAUCUCAGAAGUUCUCAUUCCAGUUCACUUUGCCAAACUGAAUGGUACACUUCAAAUUCAUUUUUGACGAAGUUCCAUUGUUUUCAAGCACUGCAUAUAGUAUUUAAAACCUUUCUAAAGUGAAGUAAGGAUGUAUUUGACGACCAACUGUGCUUUAGGUUAUAUAUUUCUAUAAUUUUGAACCUAAUAUUAAUUUCCAUUUCAGUGGCCGGAUCAAUCUUAACCCAAACCAAUCAGUGUAGAGUGCACAAGUUGGGAAAAGUAAAAUGCUUCAGUCUAUUUAUUUUGUAAUGCAGAGUUUCUCAGGUUAUAUAAUCUGUAUAAUCUCUCCAUGAGGAAUUGCCUUUAAAUGCAAACUGAUAAAGCACUAAUAACGUAAAACAACAAUCACUGGGAUCUGAGAGCAUCUGGCUGCUUGCAUGAUGGAAGAUAGUAUGAGAUGAUCAUUCACUCAGAUUCCCUCAUGUUCAGAACUGAAAUGCAUUUCACAGAAAUGUAGACAUUUGCUUAAUAAACUAGAUGUGACGUUUUGAUUGAAAGAACUUUAAUAACAUUUUUAUCAUAUCUCAAAUGGAACUUUACGUUUUUAAACAUUUUAAUCAUGUUUAAAAAAGAUUCAUAGAUUAUUUUUGCUUAAAGGUGGUCUAUUUUAUUUCAUAACAUUUAUGCAGUUCAUAACAAUCGCUGGCUUGAUGUACCUGUACAUGUUUAUAUGUAACACUUGUGAUUUUUGAGAAAAGUGGUUUGGACUGCUUUAGAGAAACGCUGACAUAACAUGUUGCUGACUGGUUUCCAUUAAAUAAACCUGGUUUGACCCAUUU